GAUUGUCUUCCUGACAACAGUUGGAGGGUUUCCUCCCGUGUUUAAUGUUUUGCCGACGAAGUCUACUGGCUCUAUAUUUAUUUAGCAGCUCUUUAAAUCUGUUAAAACUGCAGUUUUUCUUCUGAACAAAGGAAGAAUGGAGGACGACUCAGUCUUCGUCAUUAGCGCUAGGGGACGGCUCAAAAGCAACCCGCUGCUGGACCAGCUUCCCAGCUACCAGUCGCUGCUGUACCGCAGAAAAUCGUCAAGCAUCAGACGCAGAGAGAGCUCGAAAGGGAGGCUGAGCAUCUCUGGCAUGUUUAACACGGCCAACAAACUGGAGGAGAGGCGGAAGAGUCAGAUGGAGCAGCGGGCCAUCAGAGAACUAACCUUACCCAUAGUUGAAAAACGCAGACACAAAGAUCAGCGCAUGGAGGAGAGGAACGAUCUAAUCUGCUGCAGUCAGUGGAGGGAAGACGCUCGCAGGCACAUGAAGAGGCUGACGGAUAACGCUCACGUAUUCCUGAGCUCCAUGAAGCUCUGGAGGUCAGACAUCCACCAGAUAGAGGGGAUGUUUGGAACGGGGAUCCUUUCCUACUUCUCCUUUCUGCGCUUCCUGGUUGCGCUCAACCUGAUCAUUUUUCUGGUCAUGUUCUGCUUUGUCAUGUUGCCCAUGAUCCUUGACCCCACCCCAAGAAAUGUCAUCUACAAUCAGCAUCAAGGAAAUGUUUGCAGAACCAACCCAAGGACCACUCGCGGGAUACUCAAGAACUAUCACGAACAUAUUGUAGAUCUGCUUUCUGGUGACGGCAUUCUGGAACGGACUUACCUUUUAUACGGCUUCUACACAAAGGAUGAAAUCCGUUUUCCACAGAUCAUAUACAAAUUGCCACUGGCAUAUCUCCUCGCAACUCUAGGAUACCUCCUCCUGAGCCUCCUCUGGAUUGUUAAAAGGUCCGUUGCAGGAUUCAAGCGCCACCUGAUCAAGGAUGAGGAUCGCUUUCAAAGCUUUUGCAACAAGAUCUUUGCGGGCUGGGACUUCUGCACCACCAGCGAGAGCGCAGCAAAGCAGAAGAGGAGCAGUCUGCUCUACGAGCUCAAGACUGAUUUGGAGGACGAGCGGAUCAAACAGAAAAUGGCGGACCGCACCACACAGGACAAAUGUCGGAUUUAUCUCCUCCGUGUCGUCCUCAACAUGUUUGUCAUGGGAGUGCUGGCCGCUUGCUUCUACAGCAUCUACGUUGCCACCGCCUUCUCCCAGAAAGCAGAAAACAGAAGUAAAAAGGUGAAUUUCGUUGUGGAUCUCAUCCAUGAGUAUCUGCCCUCCAUAGUCAUCACCGUGGCCAACUUCAUCACCCCACUCCUCUUCUCUGUCAUCAUCAACUAUGAGGAUUACUCACCCGCCUUCGAAAUCCGCUUCACUCUCAUGAGGUGUGUCUUCAUGCGGUUGACCAGUAUUGCCGUGUUGCUCUUCUCUCUGUGGACUCGGAUCAGCGAAUGUGGAAGCGAUCCCUGUAGCAACCCAAAAGUUUGCCAAUGCUGGGAGACCCGUGUGGGCCAGGAGAUGUACAAGCUCACCGUAUUUGACUUCAUCAUUAUACUCGCAGUCACCAUCUUUGUGGAGUUUCCCCGAAAGAUGCUUGUAGAUUUCUGUGACUGUCCUUUGGCUAAGAUGUUGGGCCUGCAGGAGUUCGGUAUUCCUCAAAAUGUGCUGGAAAUUGUUUACGGUCAGACCAUCUGCUGGAUCGGCACUUUCUACUGCCCCAUGCUUCCGGCCAUCUGCACCAUCAAAUACUUCUGCAUCUUCUACGUCAAAAAGUUGUCGUUGAUCAAAAACUGCCGUCCGUCCACCCGGCCAUUUCGAGCGUCCAGCUCCAAUUUCUUCUUCCUUGGUGUGCUGCUGAUCGGCCUGAUUCUCGCCUGCUUCCCCAUUUCUAUUAGCCUUGCACACAUCAAGUCCUCGCAGGCGUGCGGACCGUUUUCUAACUACAACACGUCCUGGGAGGCGCUUCCAGCCGCGGUAGAAGCCCUGCCGCAAAACGGCAGAAACUUCAUCAACUUUCUCGCGUCAGAGACCUUUGCCGUCUCUUUCUUUGUCGUCACGUGUUUGGCCAUGUUUUAUGUGAUCGCACUUGCCAGAGCUCACAAGAAAGUCAUCAAUCAACUAAGGGAGAAGCUGGUUAUGGAGGGCAAGGACAAACGCUUCCUGAUCCAGAAGCUGUGUCAGGCCCAGAGUAUCCUGGCGGCCUCUGAGCCUCAGCUCAACAGUCCCGGCAGGCGGAGCCCCAGCUACCACACCAGCUUCUCCAGCAAUUUCAACAACUCGGUGGUCCUGGCACAUUCUCCACCGAAGUCCUCCACACAUCGGCAGCUCAGCUGGUACGGAACCGGAGGCAGCGUGCUGGUGGCUCUKAUCGGUCUGUCAAAGAUGUUGAGAAUUACGAUCCAAGCAGAUGUAGGAUCUUUUUGGUUCUUGUUCUGCGUCAUCUACACUCAGGUCCUGGCCGGCUCCUCAGAUGACAUCGUGGUGGCUUGUGGUGGAUUUGUCAAAUCCGACGUUGAAAUCAACUACUCCCUGAUCGAGAUUAAACUGUACACUAAACAAGGCUCCUUAAAGUAUCAGACUGACUGCGCUCCGAUCAAUGGGUACUUCAUGAUCCCCCUCUAUGACAAGGGAGACUUUGUUUUGAAGAUCGAGCCUCCUCUCGGCUGGAGCUUUGAGCCAACCAGCGUGGACCUGCAUGUGGAUGGAGUCAGUGACAUCUGCACCAAAGAAGAAGACAUCAAUUUUGUUUUUACAGGCUUCUCGGUCUCAGGAACGGUUCUGAGUAAGAGCCACCUCCUGGGCCCCGCUGGAGUCGAAGUCAAACUGAGCCUGGCGGGAUCAGAGGAGAAAGUCAGGAGUGUUUUCACACAGCCUGGAGGAAAGUACACCUUCUUCAAAGUGCUGCCUGGAAGUUUUGAUAUCACAGCCUUCCAUCCCUCCUGGUCCCUGGAGAAGAGUAAGACCGCUGUGCACGUCUCCAAUGCCAACGCUCUGGCCGCCGAGCAUCUGGUGGUUGGAGGCUACGACGUCUCUGGGGAGGUCCGCAGUGAUGGAGAGCCCAUGAAGGAGGUCACCUUCCUGCUGUACUCGGCCACGGUCAGGAAAGAGGACAUCAGCGGCUGCAACAUGUCCCCAGUGGACGGAGCGGAUAAUGAGGACAACUCCCUCGUCUACCUGUGCAGCACUCAGUCGAAGAACGACGGCACCUUCACGUUUCCUUCACUGGCCAGCGGCGACUACACCGUGGUGCCUUUCUACAGAGGAGAAAGGAUCACUUUCGAUGUCGCUCCCUCCAGGAUGAAUUUCAAGGUGGAACACAACAGCUUGAAACUCGAGCCCAUCUUCCGUGUGAUGGGCUUUUCUGUGACGGGCCGCGUGCUGAACAGCGCCGACGGAGAGGGCGUGGCAGACGCCACCGUCUCGCUCAACAAUCAGAUUAAGGUCGUCAGUAAGGAAGACGGCUCCUUCCGGCUGGAGAACAUGACGGCCGGCGUCUACACCAUCCGCGUCACCAAGGAGCUGAUGCUCUUCGAGACGGUCACGGUGAAGAUCGCCCCCAACACGCCCCAGCUUCCCGACAUCAUCACGGCGGGGUUCAGCGUUUGUGGCCAGAUCUCCGUCAGCCGCCUGCCUGAGGGCAUGAAGCAGCAGGGGCGCUACAAGGUCACUCUGACCCACCGAGGCCAGGACAAGGCCCUCAGCUGGACCACCGAUUCGGACCCUCAGGGGGCCUUCUGCUUCCAGGCCAAACCUGGGAACUACAGCGUCCACGUGUCGCUCCCCGAAGUGGAGGUGAAAGCAGGCCUGGCCCUGCAGCCUCAGGCCCUGGAGGUCUCGCUCGUGGACCGGCCGCUCACAGACUUGCUUUUCACCCAGUUCAUGGCUUCCGUCUCUGGAAAAGUUUACUGCCUCGCUUCCUGCGACGACCUGUCUGUGACCCUGCAGCCGGUGAGCCGGCAAGGAGAGAGGAAGACGGUGGCUUUGGCUGGCAGUGCCGACGUCCUCAGCUUCAACUUUGACAACGUUUUGCCUGGAAAAUAUAAAGUGGGCAUUUCUCACGAGGAAUGGUGCUGGAAGCAUAAAUCCCUGGAAGUGGAGGUCCUGGACUCGGACGUCUUGGGCGUCGAGUUCAGACAGAUUGGCUACAUCCUGCGCUGCUCCCUGUCCCACGCCAUCACUUUGGAGUUCUUCCAAGAUGGCAGCAAACCCGAGAACGUCGGCGUCUACAACCUCUCCAAAGGAGUCAAUCGCUUCUGCCUCUCCAAGCCUGGUGUUUACAAAGUCACCCCCCGCUCCUGCCAUCAGUUCGAGCAGGACUUCUACACCUACGACACCUCGGCCCCCAGCAUCCUGACGCUCACCGCCGUGCGCCAUCACAUGACKGGGCUCAUCACCACAGACAAGAUGCUGGACGUCACAGUCACCAUCAAGUCGUCCAUCGAGAGCGAGCCGGCGCUGGUGCUCGGCCCGCUGCGCAGCCUGGAGGAGCAGCGGCARGAGCAGCAGCUGCAGGAGAUCCAGCUGCGGCGGCAGGAACGAGAGCGGCGAGCGGCCGAGGAGCAGGGCGGCGCCAGAGACGACAGUCCCCCCAUCCUGGAGAAGGCCGACGAGCUGGCGGGCCCGUUUCACUACGAGUUCUCGUACUGGGCCAGGGCUGGAGAGAAGAUCACAGUCACUCCCUCCUCCAAGGAGCUGCUGUUCUACCCGCCUGAAGUGGAAGCAACUAUAACGGGGGAAUCGUGCCCCGGUCGGCUGGUGGACAUCGUUGGGCGCGCUGGCCUCUUCUUGGAGGGCAGAGUGUCUCCGGAGCUCCAAGGUGUGGAAAUAUCCAUCACGGAGCGAGGCGCUUCUGUGCCRCUCAUUACUGUGGCCACUAAUGAGRUGGGAGCCUACAGCGUGGGCCCGCUCCACAGCGACCGGCUGUACGACAUCAAGGCCAGUAAGGAGGGCUUCGUCCUGAGUCCGGUGGAGGGAACCCCAGGAGACUUCAAGGCGUUUGCUCUGGCCGGAGUUACCUUCAAGAUAAUAUCAGACGAUGGACAGCCGCUCUCUGGAGUGCUUCUGUCUCUGAGUGGAGGGCAUUUCCGUUCCAACCUUUUGACCCAGGACACCGGUCUUCUCACCUUCAACAACCUGAGUCCAGGCCAGUACUACUUCAAGCCGAUGAUGAAGGAGUUCCGCUUUGAGCCGGCGUCUCAGAUGAUCACGGUGGAGGAGGGUCAAAACCUGAGCAUCGAUAUAACGGGCAUCAAGACCGCUUACAGCUGCUACGGAGCGGUGCAGUCCCUGAGCGGCGACGCGGAGCGAGACGUGGCCGUGGAGGCGGUGGGUCAGGGAGAAUGCAGCCUCUACAGCGAGGACACCGUCACAGAYGAGGAGGGUCGAUUCAGACUCAGGGGUCUGCUGCCGGGGUGUAAAUAUCUGAUACAGCUUCGAGCCGAGGGCAACGACCACAUAGAGAGGGCACUGCCUCAGCACAGAGCGAUAGAGGUUGGGAGCAGCGACAUUGACGGGGUCAACAUCAUCGCCUUCAGACAGAUCAAUCAGUUCGACCUCAGCGGGAACAUCGUUACGCCUCCUGAACAUCUCCCGACGCUCUCGGUGAAGCUGUUCAAGAGCGACAACCUGGACAAUCCCAUCAACAGCGUCUCUCUGGGACAGUCCCUCUUCUUCCACUUCCCCCCUCUGGAUAGGGACAGCGAGAGCUACGUUCUCAUGCUGUACUCCACCCUGUCCCGCUCCCAGUACGAUUUCACUCUGCCUCAGGUCUCCUUCACCUCCGCCGGAUACCACAAGCACGUCACCCUCACCUUCAACCCCACUCGCAAAGUGCCYGACCAGGACGUUGCACAAGGCUCCUACAUCGCUCUGCCUCUCACCUUGCUCCUGCUGAUAGCGGCGUACAACCACGAGAAGGUGAUUCCCCUCCUGAUGCAGCUCAUGAGCCGCUUCCAGGGAGUGAGGACUAUGGCCCAGGCCAGCGCCGACAUCGCUGCGCUGGAUGAAGCCAAGCGUCAGGCCAAGAGACAGAAAGCCAGGCGCACGUGAGGCGGGCCCCGCCCUCACGUCUGCGUCCACUAAACUGAUCCCUAGCGACUGGUGACCUCAGAGACCAAAGAGGACACACUGCACCAGCGUUUACGCCAAAGCGUUGGUGUGCCAGUGAACUGUUUAGCAUGCCAAGGUGUAAUUAAUAUAAGCAAAACAUCUGAAGAAAAAAAGAAAAAGAAAAAAACUCGAUAUGCAUUACCGCCACCCGUCAGCCAAUCAGAUUCCCUGGACUGAAAGAUGAAGUUUUAAUUAGUUUUUGUGUGUAUUUUUUUUUUCUACAAGAGGGAUUGCCCAGUAUAUCUGAUCACAUUUGUAAGAAAACCACUGUUUUUAUACGUUUGUAAUUUCUCAAGGUCAACAUGUGUGUUUGAAAGCUCUUACCUGCCUCUCAUAUCGGCCSUCGAUCUGUUUAGGAGGCUCAGAUGUCUGUUGGGGCUGAGGUCAGUUCAGAUGCAACACAGUUGUUUUAAUCUGAAUCAAAUCAUUUCACUUCUGCAGCCGUUUUGCUGUAAGCUGAGCUGAAUCUGCUUAAGUCCAGUUCACUGCAAGUCCAGUUCUUGAAAACAGCUCAGGAUGGGAGGGAAGAACAGAAUGCUGGACAUUUUCUGUAUUUUUUUUUUUUUGUGGAUAUUUUUAUUAAAUAACAGGUUGGGGGCGGCGGGAUAUUGGGACUAAUGGCUUGAUUAAUUUAUUAACAUGUUUAAUCGGAUGUAAAUGAUGACUAGCUUUGUUUUCGGUGCAGUUUGUGUGUGAUGAUCUAGUUUUAAAUCAGAUCGAUGAAGAGUUAUCUAUUACAGUGAGUUAAUGUGAAUAUCUACAAAUKGCCUGUCACGACUACGAGUUAGAAUAGGGAACRAUUAGAAGCAGAUCUCGGCUCAGAGCUGGGAAGAGCUUUGGAGCUCGGUGAUUUUUCUGUUUUGAAUUUAUUUGCUGUCUGGUGAGGCUCACGUUCACUCGAGGAUGAAUCCUGCUGAGCCGUAUUUAGACAGCCGGGGUGAGGAGAAGACGGGGGGAGGGGAGUGAUUAUAGCUUUCAUUUGUUCACAGUCUUCUAUUUUUCAUUUUGGUUUGUUUUGACAAAAUUAAUAAAGUUUGACUGAAAAGAGA